AUGCGGGGAGCGGGCAGCUCCGGGGCCUGCGGGAGCCAGGGAGGGACGGGGACGAGGGGGGACCGUGCGGCGCCCGGAACCGUCAGCUCCGAGCGCCGGCGCCUCCCGGUCACUACAACAACGGCGGCCCAAUCAAAGCCCGCGCUCCAGGCGUGGCCAGAUGAGCCCCGAGACGCUGGCCACGCGGGGAACAGCGGACGGCUCGGAGGGAGCGCGCCGGUGCGGGGUCCAGCGCUCGCACAUAGCGGAGCCCGCGUGCAUCCGAGUUCCAUGCCUCAGGACCCUCAGCGGCCGCCGGGUAUCUCUGUGGUUUCAGCGUCUACCUGGUUUCCUGGGAAUAUUGGACAUGCAGUGUCUAGUCUGUUCCAAGCAUAGCGCCACUCCCAUUUGAUGACAAUAAUUCCCAUUUCUCCUGAUGAGCAAAGCCAAACACACUGGCCUCCUGUACCAUUGUCUGCUUUUGAUGAAGGCCAUGACUAGCCCGACACUUUCCUGGGGCAGUCUCAGGUUUCCUGGUGGAGGUCUUUCAUGUGGAAUAAGGACCCCAGACCCAAAAGGCAAGUGUUCUAAGAAGAAAAUAAGAUUCUUCAAGUGAGUGUACUCACUCAUAAUUGG